AUGUUUCCUUUAAAUGUUGUCCGUCAUGAUAAUGUACGCCCAAAUACUGAUAUCAAAAAUAACUUUAGAAUAUCGCAUUUCUCUUCACCAUCAAUUGAUAAAUAUGGAAAUCAUCUCCGUUUAACCCCAGUAGGAGAAGAAAAUGUCGAUUAUUCCAAGAAUGUAAAUCGAUCAUUUUACAAGCAUGUAACUAUGUUACCGCCACGUCCAGUCUUCCCCAACUCGACUGUUAACGCUCCUCGCCAAAAUCACACUAGAAUUAUUCAUCCUCCUCAUGUGGAAGAAACCUUGACAGAUAUUCCUUUACAGGAGGAAAUAAAGAUAGAUCUUAAUCUAGUAUCUAAAUCAAGAGAUAGAACUGGAAUUGAUUUCCCACCAUUCUUCAAGGUGUAUGACUAUGAAUGUAGAUUUGAUGAGGACGAUAUUAUCCCUUUGACAAUUAAUAAUGACCCUAAUUGUAGAAAGAAACGGAUGCGGUUCUCUAAGGAACUUGAAUAUAAGGAUUUGAAAAAAUUCGUUAAGAGGAAAGAUUAUAUUUUGUAUUACUUGUUUGGUUUUGAUCGUACUGGGUUUUUUGGGAUUCUCAAGGAACGUGAAAGUUUUUAUAACUUUCCUAUAAAACAUUUCAUUGAACCAUUACAUCAAGAGGAAGACCACGGAUUCUAUUUCGAGGAGUUUGAAGAUUCUGAUUCAGAUCUAGAGGAUGCAAACUGUUCCAAAAUAGACUUUUUUGAUGUCUAA